GAACAGCGUCGCCAUCCUCGUCGCAGCCAAGGAAAUGUCGCACAAAAACCCCCAACUCUUGUUCGUCAACAAGAGCGCAAAGCUACCUUUGUCGACGGUCUUGUCGACUCCGCCGCUCAAAUGGUAGAAGUCAUUUGGCCCUUGUCAGUCGCUAAUCACAAGCCUCAUUCUGGUGGCGUCUUGUCCUUGCGCAGGUACAUUGAGGAGACACUCCGCAGAUCUAGAACAAGCUACUCUACCUUGCAGGUGGCUUUGUACUAUCUUGUCCUGAUCAUGCCUUGUGUCCCCAAGUCUGAUUUUACCAUGCAGCAGUCGGUCGAUUCGUCGUCGGUUCGUGCCCUGCAAUGCGGUCGUCGCAUGUUCCUCGCCGCUCUUAUUCUCGCCUCAAAAUAUCUGCAAGACCGCAAUUAUUCUGCCAAAGCAUGGAGCAAGAUGUCGGGACUCAAGGUCGCUGAGAUCAACCUCAACGAACGUACCUUCCUCGAGGCUGUCAAUUGGAAGCUACACCUCCCAGAACCGCUUUUCAAGCGUUGGACUGAAGUGGUUCUGCGCUACACCCCUGGCCAGGCACCUCAACCAGCUGAAGGGAGCGAAUGCAACGGCUCAUUUGACGAUGGGGAAUCCUUGACAUGGAAGGACAUUAUUCCCAAACUCACUCCAGAUUUGGAUUUUGUU